AUGAGACUAUCACUACUUAAUAGAGUGAAGGCAUUUGGGCAUCCCAAAAUUAAUGGUAAACGGGGAGACCCUACAGGAACUAAGUUGUUCUUGUUGCUUGAAACCAGUAAUGAUAUUGAUCCAGAUACUGUACCACCAGAGAUAUGGAUUCCUGAUGAGGUGGGCCCAUGGAGGGUACAUGUACCUGUGGGAGACGCUGUUUUUCAGGAUAAGUUGUUGUCCUUGUUGCAGCAGGAAGGUAUGUCGCUGGAGGAUGUGAAGUCUAUGCUGGAGCAAGGUCAGUCCUCUAAUGUAAAUGUUAAUCUUGAUUUGGCAAAUGCUAUUGAUCGCCUUGUGGAAAAGUGUAUCCAUGUGCCCAGUGACACUUUGGGUCAUGGGAGAUUAAGAGUAUUUUCAGGUGUAAAACCAGUACCUGCUGGGGAGGAAGAAUAUGACCCCUGGAUGAAACAGGCUGUCCAAAUGAUCAGCGAGUGGCAGUGUGCUGAUUCUGUGAAAAGGCAGCGUAUUGUUGAGAGUUUGCGGGGCCCCGCUUCAGACAUAGUUCGGUUUCUAAAGGUUAGUAAUCCAGCUGCCACAGCUACUGAUUAUCUGGUUGCUCUGGAAUCUGCCUAUGGAAAUACUGAAAGUAAUUCCAAUCUUCUUGCAAAGUUCAGGAGUACUUACCAAGGGGAAAGUGAAAAGCUUUCUGAUUUUCUUUAUAGGCUGGACAAGCUCCUUCAUCGCAUGCUUGUAAAAGGAGGGGUUGUAGCCACUGAUUUGAAUCACAUGCGUAUGGAUCAAGUGGUUAAGGGAGCUCGUACUACUGAUAUGGUUGCACUACGUCUAAGAAUGACCGACACUUUGCGUGAUUCUCCUAGUUUCUCGCAAUUGUUACGAGAAGUAAGGGAAGAAGAGGAUUGGAUCAGGGCUAGAGAUGGGGGAAAAGUAGUGGUUGCUGCUGCCUCUGUUCCACAGGCUCUCGUGUCUGAAUUGAGUAGUAUAAAGCAAGAGGUGAGUGCACUCACAACACAGAUGUUCAAGCUGUUGAAGGCAGCUGCAACUGACCCUGUUCCCGAACAUUCUUCAAAGGCAACUGACCCGAUGCUAGUGCUACAGAAGCUUCCAACAAGAAGAGCACAUCCAAGUUUUCUCGGCCUGGAAUUUUCUGACAAGUGUGGUGAGGAUGGUCACACAAAGUGA